AUGGACUUACAGCACCCUCUCAACCAGCACCUACCAAUGUCAUCGCCGACGAGUCCUCAGAACCGCAAGCGCACCUUCAACGAAGUGGAAGGAGGACACAACAUAUUGAAUCCAGAUACUAUCAAGCCACAAAGACAUGGCGAUGAUGAGCAGGAAAAUCAAAAUCCGUUGCAAUACGUCAACGCAAUCGAUAUCGACAAGGUCCCACUAACUGCAGCCAACAUGACUGAGACUCAGGCUACUCAGAUUCCUGCCAAUGCGCCUAAUCCACCAUCGAAUGGUACCUUUACUUUAACGACUCCAACUGUUCCCUCGACCCCCCCGCAACCCCAACAACAUGCAACUACCUCUAGCAACACAGCGAACUUCGUCAACAAAAAAUUGAAACUUUCCCCAGGUUCUAAGGAAGCCAAACGAAAAGAGAAGGAAGAGCGGGAUCGCCUACGAGCCGAAGAAAAGGCUAAAAAGGAAGCAGAGAAGAAGGCCAAAGAGGAAGAGCGCAAGAAAAAGGAGGCUGAAAAGGAAGAGGAGCGAAAAAAGCGGGAGACAGAACGAGAAGAGAAAAAAAAGCAAAAGGAGGAGGAAAGGCAGGCAAAAGAAGAAGGGAAACGAAAGAAAGAGGAGGAGAGGGAAAAGAAGGAAAGAUCCCAAAUGAGACUCAAGGCUUUCUUCUCGAAGCCGUCCGGUACUGCUGCAGAGCGCACAAGUCUAGUACCUUCUUCUCCUCGCAAGGAUACUAUGCAGGAAUAUAUGAUCGUCGAGUCAGCCGUCAAAUCUCAUAAUCCACCACAGUCCGAUUAUCGCAAAGAAUUCCCCGUUUUCUUCCUUCAAAGCCAUACUCACCUUUCUCCACCACACCAGUUCCAGCGUGAUAGCGAGGCUUUGGCUCAUAUUCAACAGAAAUUGGACGGUUACCUGAAGGAACCUACAGCGCUUCCUGCGUAUCGCGGAUCGGAAUUAUUUAAUAUGAUCCCAUACCGACGCCGAAAGGGCUUGAACGUCGUGUCGGUAAAGUCAUUAUUGGCCAAGGCUCAGGACAUGGACCUUACUCCCUCAACCACCGCCCUGAGAGAUGAGCUGAAGAAAGUGACAAUGAAAAGUCUUAAAUUCGGAGAAGACGUCCGGCCUCCGUACUACGGUACAUUCACCAGACCGUUGUCUAAAGCUCAAGCUCGUAAAGUCUCUCGUGCUCCGUAUUCUCGUGUCCUCCCAGAGGUCAAUUAUGAUUACGACUCUGAGGUUGAGUGGGAGGAGCCUGAGGAGGGCGAAGACCUAGAUUCAGAAGGAGAAGAAGAUGCAAGCGAUGACGGCGAUGAUGACAUGGAUGGAUUCCUUGACGAUGAAGAUGAGCAACUCGAUAGCAGAAGACGUCUCAUUGUCGGUGACCAGGAACCUGUUUGUACCGGUGUCAGAUGGGAAGAUGGUGGAAAUGCUGAUCCUGACAUGGAGGUUUAUCGCAUUGAGGCAUUAUCAGAAACCAUCCGCUUCCCUAUCAACCCCUUUUCUACGGCUUACUGGCCAAAGCCAAAGGUAGUGGAGCACGUAGCACCAAAAGUGUCGUCAUCCCUGCCACCUGUGCGAGCCACCCUGCACGCCUAUGCAAUCAAUCCAUCAACAUCAACAUACACACCAUCUCCACUUGCACCACCAACUGUUCCUUCCGCAACUCUAGACAAUUCAACCACGUCGAAGGCGAAGAAACCUUUCCCUCCUGAACAUAUAGAGGAAUUCAAGCAGACGGUUGAGGGCUGUGACCUGACUAAGGCUGGAUUGAUCGAGGUGCUUAAGAAGCGGUUUCCUAAAGUAUCCAAGGACACACUCAAAGACACCGUCAAUGCCGUUGCUGUCCGAGUUGGCCAGAAAGAAGCAGACAAGAAAUGGACUUGCAAAUGA